CUGACGCGGCACCCAGCUUAAGUUAUAGAAGAAUAGCUCUUUGCUUCCGUGCGUCCAUAUAUACGAGUUAAGACUGGUCUUGGUUCAGACACUGUAUCACCUAAGAGAGCAAGCAAUUUGGUUGCGAAAAAUUUAAAUCUCAUUUCUAUCCCUUGUCUCUUAUAUUGACUGUUCACAAACAGCCUCAAGAUAAUUCCCUUUCACUUUGCCAUGGAUUCUGUGCGGUCGCAAUUCUUCAAGAAUUGUGAGCCGCAUAUACUUGAUUUGAGUGAGCAACAUGUCCGCAAUCCAGAAGACUUCAAGCAAUUCGGAUGCAACUACCCUUGGAGAUUGGGACGACCAAUGCGUGAUGAUAGGCCAGCGCUGCAUAGUAUCAUAGUAUUGAGGUUGCAGGUGAAUAGAUCAGCAAAUCUCGUGGCGAAAACGUUCUUUGACAAAGAAUAUUUCGAGUCGAAGAGAGAACUAGAUCCUUUCUUGAAUGAAAGCCGAGCUUACGAACAUAUUCUUUACAACUGUCCACCUUCUAAACUCUCAUAUUUUCCGACCUACUCUGGGGUGCUCAAUUUGACACGCGAGCAGUAUCCUAGAAACUACGCAUUGCGUCCUCGAGCAAUAGUGCUUGAAAGAAUUAAGCCAAAUCCAAGUUCCCGGCGCAUAUUGGGAGUAUCCCCCGGUCGGAAAUUCCAUCUCUUCGACAGUUUUGUUGCAGAAAUUACUGAGCUAUCUCUAAGCUGUUUUGAAAAGAAGUGGUUUACUUCUUUAGCUAUUGAUCGGCUUCGGCGUCUUACAGCGUUGCAUGAGAUUGGGAUACUACACCGCGAUAUAUGUGACGAGCAUUUUCGUCUUCAUGAUUAUUACGAUUCUGUUCUCUACGAUUUUUCUCACUCCUAUAUUGUCAAUUCGCCGUGGCCUUUUCCUAAACGAUUCAAGCCAUUGAUGGAACUAAUUCAUAUUGAACAAACUGAAGUAUUAGGUGAUAUUCUCAAUCGGGCAAAAAAAUCAGACUUCCGUGCUCAUAUUGCUGCAACACUGAAUUUGAACCAGGAAACUGUUGUGGAAUUCUGUACUCGAAAGCUUGAAGGUAUAGAACUAGAACUAAUCUGUCUAAAGACUCGACAUCGGCCAGAUACAUGGACGCAUCCAUCACUAGCUUCUAUUUUUCCAUUUUUAGAAGCUAUACGUCCUACUCCAGCAUGGCACAUUACCAUGUCUCGGCUUCUCCAGGAAUUUCAAUCUGCCUGGUUCUCCUACACGCCAAAAACAAAACAUGUAGACCCGAUCGCAUUCUGUGGGGUAGAAUGCUUUGAGCAAAAUCUGAAUGAAAUCAUUAUGGAACAAAAUUUUUUACUUAUUUUGUUUCCUGGGUCUUGGGAAAUUGACGAGCAAAGGCUUCUUAUCUGUGCUAGACUUGUUGCAAAUGAAGAAUGGGGUCCAAUCAUCACAAAGAAGGAAUUUGAUGGGAUAAAAAAUUAGUUUAGGGCUUUUCCAAUCCUAUAAUUCUUACUCACCUGGG